AUGAAUCCGUGGACACUUGUCUGCCUGUUCUUCUUCCUCAGUCCCCCGGAAGUGCUCAUUUUGGCCGAGCAAAACCUGACGGAUAUGCUGGCGGCGAAUCCGUUGUUGGCCAGAAUGUCAAUGUUUCAAGAUUUCGAGAACACGACAAUAGCGCUGCCGCCCGAAGAGGAGAUCGACGAGGAGGAGGAGUUUAUUCGAAAAAUGGUCGGUUGUAGACUUCACCGAUGCACCAUGGUUCUCAAAUUUUUUUUGUGAACACUUGACAUCUAGUAUUGUAUUUUUGCAGUUGAUCACUUUUUUCUAGAACAACUCUCCGGAGUACUGCGGCUCGGCGAAGAAGUUAGUCUAAGGUCUGCACUUUGAAGAGCUACAGUAUUCCGGGGAGUGGUUUUAUCAAAAAGUUGUCAACUACAAAAAUGAAAUUAAAUUUAUAUUCUUUAAUUUUCUAGUUGACAACUUUUUUGUACAACAACAACCUGGAGUACUGUAGCUCUUGGAAGUUUGAAGCCAGUUUUGGUCAAGUGAAUUUCAACGCCAACUUCCAAGAGCUACAGUACCCCGGAGAGUGGUUGUACAAAGAAGUGAUCAACUACAAAAACGGUGCACUAGACGUCAAGAAUUCACAAAAAAUGUUUUCAGAACUAUAGGACAUUCCUAAACUCGACAAUACCCGUUCAAAGUUCGCAAAUCCACCAAACUUGCCAAUUUGUCCACAAAAAGUUCAAUUUUUUUUACAAUUUCCAGAGCACAAAGCGCUCCUCAACGCGUGAGACCGUUUCGGACAAUUUUGACGAACGAUAUCGUCAGAUGAAUGCGUCGCUUUUCGAUGAGGCGGAUCCGGAGAGCGGCGAUCUGGAUUAUCGGGAUCUGGAUUUCGCGGAGACGGCCGAGAAUCGUCGGACGUCUCCCGAUGACCUGGAUCUUCAGAAGGCCAUUCACGAUGAGGUUACUGUCACUGCCACGUCAUCAUUCUCGCCGACGUCUUCACCGUUCGCCGCCAGCUCUUCGUUAUUCGAAACGCCCAUCGUUUCGGCGUCGACGGAUUUUUCGACGGAAACCACUGAAACGGACCGUGGAGCAUUUUCAAGAAGUUCACCGUACUUUAAAGGUACACACCUUCCAGAAAAUUCCAGAACCAACCCAAUCGUUUCAGCCUUUCCCUCAACGCCCACUUCGCAGUUCGUCAGCUCUUCCUUCGAUCCGAUCUCCUCCACGCUCACUUUUUCUUCGUCACCACCUUCUGCUGACUCUUUCGAGUCUUCUGAAGCGUCAGAAGCUCCAGAAGCCUUCACACUGUCCGGAGAGUUCCUCCCAACCUCAUCGGAAACGUUUGAAUCGCACGCCGACGAUCCGAACUCGUCAGAUGCACCGUCACGGAGCGUCGUAGACGAGGACAAGUUCUUUUUGGAUCCAGAAGACAGUCUCGACGUCGACAACGACGUCGAGGACAUUUCGAGUGUGGCGCCCGAAAAAGAGGACGUCACGACGACGCCGACGGCAGCCGGAAUUUCAAAGGCCACGUUUCAGGGAUCGAGUUGGCCGCAGUUGGCACCGCUGCUGCCGCAGAAACGACGGCACGACGAGAACGACGUUGUGCAGUAUAACGGUGGGUUGAGCAGCGCGUAGCAGCGCGUAGCAGCGCGUAGCAGGCACGGAAUCGGCUCCCCCUUACAGCAAUUUGCCGCGGAAAACGGCACGGAUGCCGCUUCCAGUCGGCAACUUGCCGAAAAUUUCCUGCUGCCGCGUCCAAAGUCUCGGAAAACCCGCAAAUCUCGCGCAUUUUGCAGUCCAAAGUCGGCAGAAAUUUGCGGGAAAUCCGGGGUGCGCACAGCUGAACGAGUGUUACCGUACACCAUAAAACUACGGUAUUUUUUUGAAAAAAAUUUAAAUUUCUCGAGAAUAUUUGAAAUUUUUUUGAAAUUUCUUGGGUAAAUUUUUCAACGGAAUUUUUUUGAAAAAAAUUUAAAUUUCUCGAGAAUAUUUGAAAUUUUUUUGAAAUUUCUUGGGUAAAUUUUUCAACGGUAUUUUUUUCGAAAAAAAUUAAAUUUCUCGAGAAUAUUUGAAAUUUUUUUCAAAUUUCUUGGGUAAAUUUUUCAACGGAAUUUUUUUCGAAAAAAAAUUUAAAUUUUUUUCGAGAAUAUUUUUAAAUUUUUUUAAAUUUCUUGGGUAAAUUUUUCAACGGAAUUUUUUUCGAAAAAAAUUUAAAUUUCUCGAGAAUAUUUGAAAUUUUUUUAAAUUUUUUUGGGUAAAUUUUCAACGGUAUUUUUUUGAAAAAAAUUUUUAAUUUUUUUCGAGAAUAUUUGAAAUUUUUUUAAAUUUCUUGGUUAAAUUUUUCAACGGUAUUUUUUUGAAAAAAAUUUAAAUUUCUCGAGAAUAUUUGAAAUUUUUUUCAAAUUUCUUAGGUAAAUUUUCAAAAAAAUACCGUAGUUUUUAUGGUGUACGGUAACACUCGUUCAGCUGUGCGCGCACCCCGGAUUUCUCGCAAAUUUCUGCCGACUUUGGACUGCAAAAUCCGCGAGAUUUGCGUGGUUUCCGAGACUUUGGACGCGGCAUAAAGCUCCUAAUGGAUGAAAACAUGGUGCAUCGGCGUUCUUCGUUGUUUCGAGACGUACGGAAGUGAAAAAUGACGUUUACGCACCGUUUUUUUUUGCCUAAAAGCGACGUUCCUAAUCCGGAAACUCUUCAAAUACUCGAAAAAUGUGGAAAAUUGCCUCCUCGGGCCAAUAAUAGUGAAAAGCAACAGAAAAAGUGUACACUUUUAAUGGAAUUUCGAUGAAAUCGCUCUCUCUCUCUUUUUCAUAAUCUUUUUCAAUAAAAGACUUUGGACGCGGCAUGAGCGCGCGUUUCCAGUGCGUUGACGCAAUUCUCGUUGCAGGCCGCUACAGCGUCUCGGCCACCAAAUACUACGUGGACAAUCGUGUCGACGGAGAGCACUACGAAACGCUCGUUCCCGAACUGAUCGAGGACACAAUUCAGGAGAAUACUGUAGAAGAAGUGGUCAGUUUCUCGAGCACCUUCAUCUUCAUCUCGGUUUUCGUUGCAGGACCCGUUUGCGGUGGAGCGAGAGAUGAAGAAGGCGGCGAGAAUGCACUCGGCAAAAACGCAAAGUGUUGAGGAUCCGUUGGACGGGCUAGAGGUACGAGAAAACGAAAAAAAACGAAAACGAGUUGAGGUGAAUAUUGUCGUCUUCCACAGAAAAUGAUGAUUCGGGAUCGCGAGCGACGGCUCGGCGACGAGAUUCCCGAAGAAGAGAGCCUCACGAUGCGCACCGAUACGAGCGGAAAAAAGUUCGAGCGGCGGAAGACUGUUUACCACGGCAAAAAGGUUUUUUUUCGCCUUUCUAGACACCCCCCACUAAUUUUUGGCGGUAUUUCAGACGACUGUAAACUUGUGGAACAGAAAUUUGUACGGCCACGACCUCAUCCGAUUCCCCGGCGCCAUUUUCGAUGACCGGUUCGAUGAGCCGAGGAGGAAAUCGGACAAAAGACGCGCGGUCGCCUCGCGGAUCGUGCUGUCCAGCGAGAAAGAGUGGAAGAGUUCGUGUCGGGCGGCGGGGGACUAGGUUUCGCAAGUGGUGGCCUAGGUGUUUACACCUCGAAAGCCUUGAGUUAGAGUUUGCUGGCGGUGGCCUAGAAAUUGCAUGCUGGCCUAGUAUUUUUCACUAGUGAAGUCAAGAUGGCCUAGGAAUCCCGUUCGGUAGCCUAACUUUUGCAAGAUGAGCCCCAGAAAUCGAGCGGUGUGGCCUAACUUUUGCCGGUGAUUCCCGGUGGCCUAGAAUCCCGUUCGGUGGCCUAACUUUUGCAAUAUGAGCUCCAGAAAUCGAGCGGUGUGGCCUAACUUUUGCCGGUGAUUCUCGGUGGCCUAGAAUCCCGUUCGGUGGCCUAACUUUUGCAAGAUGACCUUUGUUUUCCUCCAGAAGCCCCAGAAAUAGAGCAUUGUGGCCUAACUUUUGCCGGUGAUUCCCGGUGGCCUAGAAUCUCGUUCGGUGGCCUAACUUUUGCAAGAUGGCCCCAGAAAUCGAGCGGUUUGGCCUAACUUUUGCCGGUGAUUCUCGGUGGCCUAGAAUCCCGUUCGGUGGCCUAACUUUCUCCCAACUUUCAGAUCCGCGGCCACGUCUUCGAAAAGUGGUGGCCGGAGUGACGACGAGCCUUCAAAAGCCGGCCGAGCAAGUGUAUGGCAACGAAAAAGAGCGAAAGACUACGGUAAGUGUCGGAUCCUAGGCCACCAACUUCUUCUUCCUCUUCUUCUUCCUCUUCAGGAAGACGUCGAAUCGGUGUGCUUCAACAGCAAAAAAAACACGGCGCUCGCGAGCACGUCGCCCUUUGAAACAGACGAGAAUGUGACGAAAUUGGAGUGUCUCACCAGAUGUGCCAAGUUUGUCUCCGAGGUACAGUAACCGCGCUCAUCUACAGCGUGCCUUCCAGAAGUCUCGAUUGUUUCGCCACAACCUACUCGGUGCCGCUGGCCACGUGCGCAAUGUACGGACAAAUUUACGAGCUGCAAAAAAGUGCGAUCCGCAGUCAGGGCCACAGUUUGCAUCGGAAAUUGUCGAAGACGACGCUCCGCUGCGUUCGCAUGUUCGUCUCGAAAGAGUUCUUCGACGCCGACGCCUUUGACGAGGAGGAGAGCGAAGUGGAGAGGUACAGUAAUCCGGCGACGCCUUUCCUUAAUGCCGCGUCCAAAGUCUCGGAAAACGCGCAAAUCUCGCGGAUUUUGCAGUCCAAAAUCGGCAGAAAAUUGCGGGAAAUCCGGGGUGCGCACAGCUGAACGAGUGUUACCGUACACCAUAAAACUACGGUAUUUUUUUGAAAAAAAUUUAAAUUUCUCAAGAAUAUUUGAAAUUUUUUUCAAAUUUCUUGGGUGAAUUUUUCAACGGUAUUUCUUGAAAAAAAAUUUAAAUUUCUUGAGAAUAUUUGCAAUUUUUUUCAAAUUUCUUGGGUAAAUUUUUCACCGGUAUUUUUUUGAAAAAAAUUAAAAUUUCUUGACAAUAUUUGAAAUUUUUUUAAAUUUCAUAAGUAAAUUUUUCAACGGUAUUUUUUUGAAAAAAAUUUAAAUUUCUCAAGAAUAUUUGAAAUUUUUUUCAAAUUUCUUGGGUAAAUUUUUCAACGGUAUUUUUUUGAAAAAAAAUUUAAAUUUCUAGACAAUAUUUGAAAUUUUUUUCAAAUUUCAUGAGUAAAUUUUUCAACGGUAUUUUUUUAAAAAAAUUUAAAUUUCUCAAGAAUAUUUGAAAUUUUUUUCAAAUUUCUUGGGUAAAUUUUUCAACGGUAUUUUUUAAAUUUAAAUUUCUCGACAAUAUUUGAAAUUUUUUUAAAUUUCUUGGGUAAAUUUUCAACGGUAUUUUUUUAAAUUUAAAUUUCUCGACAAUAUUUGAAAUUUUUUUCAAAUUUCUUGGGUAAAUUUUUCAACGGUAUUUUUUUGAAAAAAAUUUAAAUUUCUCAAGAAUAUUUGAAAUUUUUUUCAAAUUUCUUGGGUAAAAUUUCAACGGUAUUUUUUUGAAAAAAAAUUUAAAUUUCUAGACAAUAUUUGAAAUUUUUUUCAAAUUUCAUGAGUAAAUUUUUCAACGGUAUUUUUUUAAAAAAAUUUAAAUUUCUCAAGAAUAUUUGAAAUUUUUUUCAAAUUUCUUGGGUAAAUUUUUCAACGGUAUUUUUAAAUUUAAAUUUCUCGACAAUAUUUGAAAUUUUUUUAAAUUUCUUGGGUAAAUUUUUCAACGGUAUUUUUUUAAAUUUAAAUUUCUCGACAAUAUUUGAAAUUUUUUUCAAAUUUCAUGGGUAAAUUUUUCAACGGUAUUUUUUUGAAAAAAAUUUAAAUUUCUCAAGAAUAUUUGAAAUUUUUUUCAAAUUUCUUGGGUAAAAUUUCAACGGUAUUUUUUUGAAAAAAAUUUAAAUUUCUAGACAAUAUUUGAAAUUUUUUUCAAAUUUCAUGAGUAAAUUUUUUCAACGGUAUUUUUUUAAAAAAAUUUAAAUUUCUCAAGAAUAUUUGAAAUUUUUUUCAAAUUUCUUGGGUAAAUUUUUCAACGGUAUUUUUUUAAAUUUAAAUUUCUCGACAAUAUUUGAAAUUUUUUUAAAUUUCUUGGGUAAAUUUUUCAACGGUAUUUUUUAAAUUUAAAUUUCUCGACAAUAUUUGAAAUUUUUUUCAAAUUUCUUGGGUAAAUUUUCAACGGUAUUUUUUUGAAAAAAAUUUAAAUUUCUCAAGAAUAUUUGAAAUUUUUUUCAAAUUUCUUGGGUAAAUUUUUCAACGGUAUUUUUUUGAAAAAAAAUUUAAAUUUCUAGACAAUAUUUGAAAUUUUUUUCAAAUUUCAUGAGUAAAUUUUUCAACGGUAUUUUUUUAAAAAAAAUUUAAAUUUCUCAAGAAUAUUUGAAAUUUUUUUCAAAUUUCUUGGGUAAAUUUUUCAACGGUAUUUUUUUAAAUUUAAAUUUCUCGACAAUAUUUGAAAUUUUUUUAAAUUUCUUGGGUAAAUUUUUCAACGGUAUUUUUUUAAAUUUAAAUUUCUCGACAAUAUUUGAAAUUUUUUUCAAAUUUCUUGGGUAAAUUUUUCAACGGUAUUUUUUUGAAAAAAAUUUAAAUUUCUCAAGAAUAUUUGAAAUUUUUUUCAAAUUUCAUGAGUAAAUUUUCAAAAAAAUACCGUAGUUUUUAUGGUGUACGGUAACACUCGUUCAGCUGUGCGCAUCCCGGAUUUCCCGCAAAUUUCUGCCGACUUUGGACUGCAAAAUCCGCGAGAUUUGCGCGUUUUCCGAGACUUUGGACGCGGCGGCAUAACUUAGAAAAAAAGCUCAAAUUGUAGCAAAUUGUCUAGAGAAGACAAGAAAAUAUCAAAAGUGCUGGGAGUGCCUUUAUAAAGACAUUUUUGAGCUUUCUUUAAAUGAAUGGCCAUUUCGCUAUGCGCCUUUAAAGCUACAGUACCCCUUAAACUCCAUCAAAACCUUUUCCGUUUGCAGUUCGCCGCCCUUUCUGCGUCUCGUCGAAAAAGACGCGAUCGACGGCGUUCCGUCCGUCUCGGCGUCUCUCCUCUUCGCCCAGAAACGUGAGUUGUAUAUGACCGCCGUCGGCUUGCCUCUCUCACCGCGGGGGUAUAGCUCAGUGGCAGAGCAUUCGACUGCAGAUCGAGAGGUCCCCGGUUCAACUCCGGGUGCCCCCUACUCUACUUUUUGCGCUGCUUUUUUCCUUCUUCUUCUUCGAUCUUCCGUGUUUCAGCACGAUGCCCCGACGGUCAGGAUGUGAUUUUUGUGCGUAGUGAUGACGUGGAGCGCGGAAAUCACGCGGAACGCCGAGAUUACGUCGAAAUCUCCGAAGACGACUGCGUGUUUGCGUGCCUCACAAAUACUCGGCCGGGCGGUGGAACUUCCGAUUGCACCGCCAUCGAGUACGACAAGACACGUGGAUUCUGUUUUCUGAUGAUGAGCCGGUCGCCCGGUGACGUGGCAAUGACGCCGCGGCCGGUGCAUCCGGUCACCACGUACGAGAAGAUUUGCAUUCAACGUGAGUUCGAUUCGGAACCAGGGGUGUGCGGAAAAUAUUUCGAUUUUCCGAAAUUUUCCGAUUUUCCGAGAAAUUUUCGGAAAAUUUUCCGACGGAAAUUUCGGCAAAAUUUUCGGAAAAUUAGUGUGGAUUCAAGGUCAAUUUGUCCGAAACCACCGUAUGCUUUUUAAAGGCGCAUCACAACAUUUUUGGAAGGGUCUAGCAGCGAGCGAGCGUCUUUUUAAAUUUGAUUUUUAAAAUUUGGACCCGGAGAGCUUCUCUCGGCUAAUUUUUUUGCAAAAAAAUAUUCCAUUGCUUGGCUUCCGCCCACUCAAGUGAUUUCAAAUCAUAAUAAGCAUUUUUUUUUGUAUUAGAACGUUGUUUAAACACUUUAUUGAACCAAUGAACAAGUGAGUUUUCCGAUUUUUCCGAUUUUUCCGAAAUUUUCCGAAAUUUUCCGAAAAAAAAAUUCGGAAAAACCGAUUUUCCGAAAUUUUCCGAAAAAAAAAUUCGGAAAAACCGAUUUUCCGAAAUUUUCCGAAAAAAAAAUUCGGAAAAACCGAUUUUCCGAAAUUUUCCGAAAAAAAAUUCGGAAAAACCGAUUUUCCAAAAUUUUCCGAAAAAAAAAAUUCGGAAAAACCGAUUUUCCGAAAUUUUCCGAAAAAAAUUUUCCGCACACCCCUGUUCGGAACAAGAAAUGCUCAUAUGGACAACUCGUUUUUUUUUUUGCAGAAUCCUCGGCAAACAAGUGCUCGGGCGGUCAACCGAUUCGACACCGUCAAAGUGUGCUCAUCGGACAUCUCGUGGAUGCUCACUCGGUCGGCUCCGCCGCCGAAUGCGUCGAUUUGUGCAUCGAGAAGCACACGAUCGGAUGUGUCAGCGUCAUGUUCUAUGCAAAGGUUCGUUUGAUUGAAAUCUGAGGGGUAUUGAUUGAAAUUACUCUCCAGGAAACCACUUUGAACUGCAUUUUGAACGACGCGACCAAUUUGGACGAUCCGGACUCGUUUUUCAUCGAAACCUCCACAAUCGUCGACUUUUUCUCGAUUCAAGACUGUCUCGGCAUCCGAGAAGUCAAUCGGAGGGCCAAGAAACGGUAAUUUGCGACCGACGGUCACUUUCAAAGCGCUGUAUCUCAGUUGCUGGUGGAGAUAUCAAAAAAUUGUCAACUGAUAAAAUGUUCAUUAUAAAAUUUUGCACAUUUUAUCAGUUGACCACUUUUUGAUAUCUCCACCGGCGCCUGAGAUACAGCGAUUUGAAUCGACGCUAUAUUUGGUUGUACGUCGUUUCGAUCAUUUUUCCAUAGAAAUGUCCAAAAUCUUCAAAUUUCCAGGCUGUUCCAAAACCGAACCGAACAAUUGGCGCGACUUCGUCGAAAAAUGGCAAGGAUGUAA